AUGAAUCGCCUCAACUUUAUUGAAGGGAAGCUUCUGGAUGUCGAGGAGGUAAAAUCCAUUUUACCUUGGGGCUUUCGUAAAAGUUAUAUUUUUAACAUACGGGUUUUCUUUUUCUUGCAACAACUUAUUUCACAGGUAAAGUCUCCAAGUUCCAUUCCGUAUCUCGACGACUUAUUUGCCGCCCACGAUGAACACGGAAAUCCGCAAAGAGUGCUGGCCAGUCAGGAUAAACCUGAGGAGAAGCCUUUCCUCUUCGAAGGGGAUAUGUUGUUGACUUCCAAACAGAUGGACGAAAUUGUCAUGUAAAUAACAUUCAUUUGAGUGAAGAAUUUCGUAUUUUAGGAACGUGGAGCAUCAACUGUUUUUGAAAGAUAUUGGAAAGCCCGAAUUGAUGAUGCGAAACCGGUUCAAGAGAACGUUGACCUCAAAUAUUAUCUCGAGAUGGACUGAACUGAGAAUUCCGUAUAGAAUUCACCCUGAACGAGGACGUACGCUUAUCUAUGACGAUAUAGAAAAAUUUUAUAUAAUUUUCAGCCAACAAAACACUGAUUGAAGCCGGAAUCAAAGCCUGGACCGACGCCACUUGCCUGGAGUUUGAAGAAAAAACCGGAGGACUCUUGCAGCCGCAUAUUGUUUUUAUAAAAGGCUCUGGGUAGGAUUAUUAGACACUAGAUUUAAAAAAAAUGCCUUGUCGUAUUUUGCAAACAAAAACUGCAUUUCAGAUGCUAUUCGAAUGUCGGCAAGAGCUCGAUGAAUGGUCAAUAUGUCUCAAUCGGGCGUGGAUGUGAGAAUCCGUACAUUGUGGCGCAUGAAAUUGGUAAGAGACAAUUAAAAAUACAUACAGUGGGGAACCUGACCCAAUGGCAAAAAACGUGGCGUUUUGCAUCCGGGAAGUAUCAAAAAUGUGGUAAAAUGCUUCCCUCUCCAAGUGAAAAAACUCCGAUUUCAAAAGCGCACCCGCUCUUUUUUGUAGGAGCCCUUCAAAACGAAGUUUUUUUUACUUGGAGAUGGAGGCAUUUUGCCACAUUUUUGAUAUUUCCCGGAUCAAAAUGGUACGUGUUUUGCCACUGAAUCAGGUCCACCUCUGUAAGUAAAGUGAACAAUGUUUUAUUUGCGUAAUGCGCUACAUUUCUAAUGGCUAUGCUGGAAAUCUCGUAUUUUUCUUCCAGGCCACACCCUUGGCUUCUUUCAUGAGCAAGGUCGUUAUGACCGCGAUGGUCACAUCAACAUCGCUCCGAAGAACAUCCAUGUCGGCUUCCUCAGUCAAUUUACGAAACAAGAUCCAGAGUCUAUGACCACUUUGUCUGUGCCGUAUGAUGUUGGCUCCGUUAUGCACUAUGAUCAAUACGUAGGCUUGGAAAUUUUGGAAAUUUCAGAUGAUGGCGUAUUUUACAGAGUUUCUCGUAUAAUGGCCACCCUUCAAUCCGAGCGAUCGAUCCCAAUUAUCAGAUGACAAUGGGACAAAGACAGGAGCUCACCUUUAACGACGUGAAAAAGAUCAAUCUGGCUUACUGCCCUUGUAAGUAACAGUCCGAACAUUGUCAUUGGUAUUCUAAAAUUUUCAUAUUUUAGUCCGUUGCCUCCUCAAAUUGGACUGCCAAUAUUCCGGGUAUACGGACCCCAAGGACUGCUCAAAAUGUCGUUGUCCAAGCGGCCUUAGCGGCCAAACAUGUAGUAAAGCCUUGAGAACUGCGUCGAAAUGCGGGCGGUUAUACCACACAGCAACUUCGGAGAUCAAAACCCUGAGUUUUGAGGGGAAAGGAGAAUGUAAUUUUCUCAUCAAGGCCAAAGACGGAGCAAAAAUACGGUUGCAUUGGGAGAAACUGUUCAUUUUUGAGUCUCAACCCUGUCAGAACAGCUAUGUGGAGAUAAAGGUGAGAAAAUAAUGAGAUUUUUAAUGUAGGCAUGAUCCGUUUCAGUAUCACAAGGACUUGGGGACCACCGGGGCAAGGUUCUGCUCCACCGAUAUCAAGCAAAAGGAUAUUAAUUCUGCAAUAAGCACAGUGUUGGUAUUGUACAGAUCAAAGUCGUUGUUCACAAGUUUCAAACUGACUUUUAGUAGUGGUAGGCGUCGUCAAUUUUCAUUUUAACGCCAAAACACUUUCGAUCGUAUAAAAUGCCCCAUUCUAGACGAGCCCGCGCCCUCGCGCAGCAUCUUCAGCCAGUCUAUGGCCUACUUUUCGAACUUCUUUCACAGUAUUUUCCACUCGGAAAAGGGCAAAGAUUCGGACGACUCUGACAAUUUUAUAAACUCAAGCAAUGAAGAGUAUGAUGAAGAAGAGGCUGUGAAAAUUGACGAUGACAAGAAGAAAGUGAGUGGAGUGGUUCAGCAAAAGGUUCCGGAUGAAAAGAAAAAACUAAAUGAAGCCAUUGAUGAGAUUGUAUUGCCAAAAUCAGGGGAGAAGUUGGUGCUAAUCAAGGAGAAGGUCGAUGAGAAGGACAAUGAACAAAAGGAGAAGGCGAUUGAAGGCAAGCCCGACGAAAGUUGGGUUGCUGAAGCCGAAAGCUCGGUUGAGGACGACAAAGAGUUUAAUAAUGGGACUGUUGACGACAUUAUUAUACUAAAUGAUGAUAAAAAGGGGAAGCUGGAAGAGACAACGAGUACAAGCAGUAAGACGUACACAAUUAGAGAUGAUGUUUCUAAUACGACGGUAUUAGACGUCCAAACGGAAGCUAUCUUAACAACAGAUCUAAAGGAACGACUUACGAAAGCUCAGACUGCCGCCACAACAAAUGAUAAAGAUACGUCUACCGCCCUUCCAGACGCUUUUACUGCGAAUACAACUCAGUUUCCCUCUACCUCUGAAAUUACGAAACUUGCAGAGGCGGAAAAUGAAACGACGACUGAAGUGGUUGAAGAAAAUCUAAAUGUAACGGAAACUGCUCCAAUAACACCUUCUGGGAAAAUAAAUCCUUCUACUGAGUCUGACGAUAAUUUUGCGCUUACUGAGAAAGUUCCUGUGUCCACUCCAACGACUUCGGAGUCAAUUCCAGAGCAAGAAGAAGAAGAAACUGAGCCUUCACAGACUUCCAAUGUCUCUAAUGACAGCGUUACAACAACAACAGUGGAUUACACUUCGAUUGGAAUAGAAAUACGUCGAGCACAAGCCAAAAACAGCAACGAGAUUAUUGAAAUGGGCAGUGGGGAUGACACUGACUUGAUUGAGUAUACAGUGCAAAGGGAAGAGGAGGUAAUUAAAAGUUCUGCCAAGUCGUCUGCGGACGAGAUUCUGGAAGCCUUGGUGAGUUGUUUUCUACCAAAGUCUAUGCGAAAAUUAUGUUAAGAGAGGAAUUACAUGUUUUGCGACUAAUUUGUUUUGAGUACUAAGAACGAGUGUUUAGUAGUGUCUCUAACAAUGCGCACGUACAAGCCGUCUUAUGAGAAACAAAAAUUAGGCAAUUGAAGGCCUCUUUUUCUUAACGCUUUACUUUCAGAAAGCCGAACCGGAUCUUAUCGUCAUACCAAAUCCGCAACUUCGUGAAUGUAAAAAUAAUGCUCUUACAACCACUCCACGCCCUAUCUCUACAACCAUAGCCAAUUCCGUUGCCCGAUCAACGGUUCUAAUUAGCCAUUCUGUGGAUGAAAUCACCCGUAUUCCCGUUCAAGACACCGAUGAAUUAAUUGAAGGUAGUGGAACUCGAUAA